CGGGAUCGGGACCGGAAUCGGGACCGGGAUCGGGACCGGGAUCGGGACCGGGACCGGGACCGGGACCGGGACCGGGAUCGGGACCGGGAUCGGGAUCGGGAUCGGGAUCGGGGCCGGAAUCGGAACUGAGUGCGCUGCAGAGGGUGGAGGUCACCCGGAGCCGGCAUCUCCCAGUAGCCGACUCCUGAGACACCCCGUCCCACCCCCGGGAUGUCCCAGGGCCGCUGGUCCCAUAGGCUCCCCGGAUCCUCCCGCACCGGCCCCCGAGCUGCCCGCCCCUCACACGGGGGUCCUCCCCACCGCGAAUCACCCCUCAGACGGGGGCCCUGGGUCCUCCCGCUGUCCCAAACCCACACCGAGGGGACCCUUCACUUCCUUUAAACUCCCUGUCGGGCCCCCCGCUACAGCUGUCCCCAUCCCCUCCCUCUCUCCUCCUCUUCCCCUGUCCCUGCCAGUCUUGCCAGAUCCCCUCUCCCACCUCAUCCCUCUGGCCUGGACAGGCCUGGAAGGGUAGAGGUUUCCCAUAGAGGUUUCCCACUGGGAGCCCUCCCCUUCCCUCCCAGGUGGCCCCAGGGCUGUCCAAGCCCCUCUCCAGACCCCUCUGGGGACUGCAGAGCUGCAGCUUGUGCUGCUCCACCUCAGCUGCUACUCAGAAGCUGUUGGGAGCUUCCUCCCCACCACCCUUUAAAGCCAGGAAUCCAUCACCCCCUUCCCAUGGGUGUUUGACAGCUACUUUGGGACGGAGACCAACUCUAAUCCACAACCCGAUGUCCUGACCCCCUGCCCAGACGCAGAGAGAACUCCAGCAUAAUCUCGAACUCUCAUGUUUUCCCAAUUUACAUUGUUUCUCUGAUGCUGUCCCCGUGUUUUCCUUUUAGAGAGAAGGGAGAUUACGUGACAGCAGCAGCACAGGGACCUUGAUUUUCUUCCAGUCUCGCCUUGUGUAAGAGCUGCUGUGUCUUUUCUAAACCUCAAACCACCCAGCCCACUGGUGUUUAACUGAAUCCAUGGCAACAGGGAUCCAGCUGCAUUCCAAGCAUCCUCGUGAAGCAAAGAACCUUGGUGAAGGUCAUGGCAACUCCAAGGAAGGCAGGGAUCCCAUUAAGUGUCAUGAAGGUGUUAGAUCCACGCCAGUUAAAGCCUGAUAGCACAGAGACAGAAAGAAUCCUAACUGUUUUUGACGAGGCCGUUGUCAAGCUGGAGAUCACCAGGUUGAUCCCACGGAUUAUUGGCUCCCUGGAGAGGUUUGCUAGGAUGCUGGGACCUGAGAUCACAAGCAGCCUUUUGGAGCUUCAGAAGCUUUCAGUGGAAAUACAGGACCUGCUCACCAGCCCUGGAGAUGAGGAGAGAAGGAGAGCUGUGGAGCAACGCCUGAAAUGUUCCCUGAGAAACACCCUGAGGCUCUUCCUGGCCAACCCCUUGCUUUACCAUGGACUGAAAUACGAAGUUUGGGUGAGACAGUCACCAGCUGAUGUGUUUAUCAAAGCCUUUAAGGAGUUCCGGGAUUUCACACUUGAGAGGCUCCUGACCAGUCCUGAUGAAGAGAAGGAAAAGAUUCAAUUCAUGGAAGACACUUCCCUCCGGAUUGAGAAAAACACGGAAACUAUCUCAGCUCUACAGGCAGAGCUGGAAGCAGCCAUCCAGACUCGAGAUGAGGAGAUUAACAGCAAGGACAAAAAGAUUGAAAACCUCAAAAGCAGCAUGGAAAAUCUGACCAAGGAGUGCAAGGCUGACAUCCAGCAGAUCACAAAGGAAGGGGAAAAGCAGCAAAAAGAGGAUGAGAAAGCCUCCCAGGACAUGUGUGCCAGGCUGGAGCAGGAUGUUCUGCGCCUGAGAGCACAGUUCAAAGCACUGGUGCUGGAGCAUCGAGCCUCAGAGCUGGUUCUCAGGAAGGCCACGUAUGAGGAGGUGGAGGCUGUCUACAACGAGGAGAAGGCCCAGCUGGCCCUGCUGAUGGAGAAACACGCUCUGCUGCUCCAGGAGUAUACUGAGAUUGAGGAGGAGCGCAGGAUGCUUAAGGAGAAGGCAGAGGAAGCUGCACGGGAAGCUGCCAGGAGGAACGAUGCUGCCACCUACAUCCAGGCCUUCUGGAAAGGCUACUUGGUGCGGUCCAUCUACAAGUCAAAACUGAAGAAGGGCAAGGGCAAGGGCAGGGGCAAGAAAUAAAGCCAUAAAUCUUUUCUCUCCCUGGCAAAACUGCUGUGUCUGAGCUCUUCCAGAUAAAAGCAUUGAAUUUUUAAGGUUGGAAAAGACUUUUAAGAUCAUCGAGUCAAGCCAGUACCACCAUGUU